AUGGUUUGUGUCAGGCUUGUCGACUGUCCUGAUUCACCUGAAGAACACCCACCUCCGCCAAUUCCUGAGAUGAUGUUUGCCGUCGGUGAAGAACCAGUAGGCGUGCGAGUUCUGACCUAUCUGACAUCAGGUGCCAUUAAUCGUAUCUUCAAUGCGUUGGAAGAGGAGGAAGUACAGAUUAUUCGGAGAUCUGCGUUUGGAAAAAUAUUGGAAAUCGUCGAGAAACCCGUUUUCUCAGGGAGAUUUGCUCGAUACAUGCUUUCGAGGCAGUUGAAAACAAAAAAAAAGCAUGAAGUUUGGUUCCGGUUUGCCGGUAAACCAAUUAGGUUUUCCCUCCGAGAAUUCGCAAUUGUCACCGGCCUACCGUGUGGAAGAUUCCCGAUGAAAUCUAAGAUGAAUCUGAAAGAAACCAUUUCAGAGAAGCCUUAUUGGCCUUCCUUAUUUGGGAAGGUUGAAGUUGUUACUGUUGCAGCGGUAAUCAAGAUGCUUAGGAGGCGCACUGUUGAAGAUCGUGUGGUUCGUAUCAAAUUCGCUUGCUUGGCGAUAUUAUCCUCUGUUCUUCUCCCAACAAACUUGAAGAUGAAAAUUUGUAGAGAACACGCUGAGGCAAUUCAAGAUCUGGACCAUUUUUUUAUGUAUCCAUGGGGAAGGCUAGCUUUUGAUCUGCUUAUGGUCAGCAUCAAAGAGAGAGACGAGGUGGCUCUGUCGCAGAACAACAUUGCUGUUAAAGGAUUUGCUCUUGCCUUACAGCUUGUCAUAGUGGAAGCCGUCCCCUCCCUCACCGAAGUUGUCCAGGAAACGUGUUCAUCUUCUGAAGAUGACAGCGAAGACGAAGUUGAGGAUAUUAGUGUCAAUUCAAAGAGAAAGACUCUUAGUCCUGCUCAUGCUAGAAACAUCGACAGGCAAAGUGACGUCAUUGUAAGAAGCAUAAUUGAUCAAGACCCUUUGAGACCCGUUGAUGAGUCAAAUUUAGUAUGGUCUGACGAUGAAGAAGAUGAGAAGGUUGACAACAUGGUAUCGCUCAUCAACACUAACUUUCAAUUUACAAGUUCCAUGUUUGUUGGGGGGUUAACUAAGUUAGAAGUAGAGCGCAUGAGAGAAUGUGAAAAUGUUAACUCAAAGGGGAAGAAAUCCAAGAAACACUCUCUAGCAACGUCCUCAACAGACCCAAGUUACAUUGCUUCCGUAGUAAUUGAAAAAAUUAAACCGGAGUUGCAAACAGUGGACGGGAACAUCGUGGAGGCUUGUAGGAGGGUUGACGCAAUAGAGGGGUCUAUGGUUGGACUUGUUCAGUCUGUGCUUGCCAAGUUUAAAGAUGAAAUGCUAGAGUCGGGGGAGAAUCCAACUCCGACAUACAACAACCAAGGUUUAUAUGGUGAAGCUGCAGGUGAGAACGGAAACGAGAGUAUUGCAAUUUCAGCUCAUAGCCAUAAUCAGGAAAGGCCGGAUGUUCACAACAAGGUGCAUGGACCCUUCCUGGAGAUGCCUUCUUUCUCUCUAGGUUUAACUCAGGAAGGGCCGCUUGAAAGAAACCAUGCAGUUGUUACGCACGAUUGUGUGGUACACGUUCCCGCAUUUACUGACAAUGUUAUUGAGAAGAUGGAACGUCCACAACUGUUUCGGAAAAGCAAGAGACAAAAGUGUUUUCCUCCAGCGCUCGUUGAGGAUUACGAAUGUGGACCUCGUGUUUCAUCACGUGCGAGAAAAAACCAGAAUUGCAUAUUUUCAUGCGGUGACAUAAAUGAGAUUGAAAGGAAAUAUGGAAGACUUCGAAACAAAAUUAACCGAGAUUUUUUUAUAAAGGUUGAUGGAAUUUCUGUUUGUGGAAAAGAUUUGGUAGUAAUUCCAGAGAGGACGAGGUUGCUUAGGGGAAAGGUUGUUGAUAUACUUAUACGACUUGUGCAAUCUAUUAUUCAUCAACAAUUUCGUGGAGAGAGGCAUGAGAGGUAUGUAUUUCUUGACAGCAAAUAUGUUUCCGCCAUCGGCAGGACAUAUCCCAAGUUUUGCAAGAGUAAAAAAAAGGAUUCCAACGUUUUCCCCAAAGGACUGCUGGAAAUGUUUACCAGAACCAUUGAUGCAAAUAUCCAGCCGAGCCGCUAUUACUUUCCGUUAAAUGUUGGGAAGAAACACUGGGUAGGUAUAUGCGUUGAUCGCUUAUGCGGAAAAAUUACCGUGUUGGACUGUAAUACGUCCAUCUUCAGUGAUGCAAUUAUUGAGAACCAUCUACAGCCUCACUUGCUUAUGCUACCAUAUCUUCUGAGACUCUCAAUGCAAGCGUUUGGAAGUGCUGAGGCAGAGCCUUUUGCUGUUGACAGAUCGAAAGAUAUAAGUGAAAGUAAAAAUCCUUCCGACGAUGGAUUUAUGGCCAGAGCAUUUUGCUGUUGA